AUGGUUUGGGAGGAGAGAUCUUACACAAUUGUUGUCCUUACUCGAUUAGAAGAGCGUUCUAGAUCAAAAUGUGACCAAUACUGGCCUAGUAGAGGGUCUUCUCUUUAUGGCAGUUACAAAGUUACUUUAAUGGAGACAUCAGAAUUGGCUCAUUACUGUAUCAGAACGUUGAGAUUGGAAAAUACAAGGCAUAGGAAUGAGCCUGGAAGAGAUAUUCAACAUUGCCAGUUCACUGCUUGGCCAGAUCAUGGAGUGCCUAUCCACCCUACUCCUUUCUUAAUGUUCCUUAAAAGGGUGAAGGCACUUAAUCCGAUGCAAGCUGGACCUAUUGUAACACAUUGCAGGUGA